AUGUUACGCAUCACAGCCUCGCGGGAGGCUUCAGGAGCUGAUGCGGCUGAUGGUAAGGAUGUUGCAGGGUGGUCGCUGAACCCAGAGGACUCUGCAAACCAGGGAUUCCUUUUUGCCUCAGACCCAGGGGUCUGUCUGUCUGUCCCUCUCAGUCCCACGGGUGCAUCCCGCAGCAGUUGCUGUGUGCAGGGAGGGCUGGCGGCGGGGCUGCGGCUCCUGUGUCCGGGCUGCGGGUCUCCUCUCCUCGGGUGCUAUCGGGCUCGAAGCUUGCUAGCGAGGUUUACGGGCACACCCUCAGGGUUAAGCUCCGGGGCACACGGCCCUGCAGUCCCUUCCCUCCGGCUGCCACUCACACCUUGUGGCACCCUGGCACAGCGCAGGAAUCCGCCCCGGGGCAGCCGGCCAGGCCUCAGCGCCGGGGGAGGCUCCAGCGUCGGGGCCGCCCCCCGGCUCCGCAGGUCCGUGCUGCCCGGGGCCGCGCCAGCCGCGCUCCGAGGCGAGCCGAGCCGAGCCCCGCCGAGGCGAGCCGAGCCGAGGCGGCCGUCGGGAGCGGCUGCAGAGCCCGCCGGCCCCACCAUGGGCUGCUCCAGCAGCGCCCGCAGCCGCCCCCAGGAGCCGCCGCCGCUGCCGGCAUCCUCAGGUGCAAACCCCGUGACUGCAGGUGACCAUGGAGCUGCAGCUGGCCAAGCCCCGCUGGAGCCAGCAGAGCGGGCGAGCCUGGCCUCGGAGGGGAGCAGCCCGGGCCGGCAGCUGCCGGCAGAGGAGGCUUCAGCCGCGCUCCGGGACCUGGAGGGACAGACGGGGUCGGUCAGUAAAAGGGAGGAGCCAGAGGGCACCGAGCCGCUGCCUGCAGGAGAGGAGGAGAGCUCCGAGCUGCCCUCCGUGUGGCGAGAGGAGAGCAGGGGCCCCUCACCGCCAGCGCCAGGAGAAGAUGCUGGGGCACCAUCGCCAGAACCAGCAGAGGACAGUGGGCUGGCAGAGGGCAGUGACAGCUCUCUAGUGGAAGUCGUCGAGAAAGUACAUAUUGCUGAAGAGGAGCACCUCGCUGAGGGUGAGACGGGAGAACAGGUGGAAACUGAGCUGCUCAGUGAGACAGUAAGUGAAGGGCCUGAAACAAAAGAAGAAGAAACAGGAGAAGCUGUGGAUAGUGCAGCAGCGACAGAGAUAGGCAUACAGCUGCUUUCUGCAUUUUUACACAAGAGAAUCAAAAAUACUUUACAGUAAAAGACAUUUUUGGAAGCAACCAAUUGGAAGUCAUGCUUUUUACAUGGGUCAUCUUUAUAUAAUACACAAGCCUUAUCAGUGAUAACUUUACCCACUUUGGGAAGAAUGAUAGACUGUAACAUGCAGUCUU